UCAUCCCACAUAUGAUCGCCUGCGCGCUGGGCGUCUUUUGGCCCCGGGUGCUGGCUGACGGAUCGCCUCCCGCGAAGCACGACUCCUGCUCGUCGUCCUCUUCCCCGGCGAGCCGCCAGUCACCACCAUCACGAUGGUCCACGAGCGACCGGCCGUUGCGGUCCUCCUCGCCGUGCUCGCCGCUGCUGUAUUAGUGGCAGGGGCAGCGACGCCUCUCUCCAUACGGCCUAGCCAGCAAUGGGACGGCAAAGAAGGGCCAUGGAGCACCUUUCGCAUAGAGGCCGGCACGCCUGCACAGCAGUUCCGCGUCCUGCCUGCCCACGACCAGUCCACCACGUGGCUGGUGCUCAGCGAAGCAUGCAGCGCCAACAACGACACCUGCUUUGAAGCCCGCGGCCGUCUGUAUGCCCGCGACAACUCUUCGACCUGGACGGAAAAAGGCUUCUACGGGCUGGAACCGUGGCUCGAGGCGCGCGUUGGUCAAGCGGGCGAUGGGCAGUACGGAUGGGACGACAUCACCCUUGGGUGGGCCGGCGACAAUCUGCCUACCCUCAAAAACCAGUCCAUCGCAGGCAUUGUCACAGAGAGUUUCUGGCUCGGCUCCCUCGCCCUGAACCCGCGUCCGGUCAAUUUUACCGACUACAACACGCCCAUCCCGAGUCUUAUGCAAAACCUACGGAACAAAACCAACGACCCCAUCCCGAGCCUGUCAUGGUCGUACACUGCAGGCGCCUACAACAAAGCGCCAAAAGUCUAUGGAAGCCUGGUCUUGGGAGGAUACGACGCAACCAAGUUUCAGCCCAACUCGGUGACGUUUCCCUUCGGAAGCGAUCAGUCGUUCGAUUUCCAGGUUGCCGUUCAAACCAUUAGGACUAGUCUGGCUACCGACCCGCUUCUCGACACGGGUAUCAUUGCCUACAUUAGCACUUUGGUUCCCGACAUCUGGCUCCCCGAAAACGUGUGUGAAAAGUUCGAGAAGGCAUUCAAUCUGACAUGGGACGAGAAAACCGAACUGUACCUCUUGAACACGAGCUUGCACCAGACUCUACUUCAGGAGGACCCCACUGUGACCUUCACUCUUGGUCCAGAGGUCGAUGGUGCUGGUGUCACCAUCAACAUGCCAUACUUCAAUUUCUACCUGACCGCAUCGGCCGAGCUAACCAAGUCUUCUUCGUCGAAACUGUACUUUCCUUUGAAGCGGGCAGCAAACGAUAGCCAAUAUGUGCUUGGACGAGCCUUCUUGCAGAGCGCUCAUCUCUCCGCCGACUACGAGCGAAAUUCCUUCAAUCUGUCCCAAGCGCUUUACCCAUCGUCCCAAACCGAGGAAGAGAUUGUAGCAGUGCUCCCUCCGCUCACCGAGACCACCCCUGGAGUGGGUGGCCCUGGAACCGGAGGCUCUGGAGCCGAAUCAGGCCAGGCCUUAAGCACAGGCGCGAUUGUAGGCAUUGUUGUUGGUCUGGUUGUGGUUGGCGCAGUAAUCGCCCUCGUAGCGUUCCUUCUGUACCGCCGGAGGAAGGCCAAGCCAAAGAAGCACGAACUCGCAGACACCGACAUCAUGCACGAUAUAUCCCAUGAAGUAUCUGGGGAACACAUCAAGGCCGAGAUGGGCGGAGGAAUGGCGCACGAAGUCGCCGGAGACAUGGAUCCUAAAGCUGAGCUUUCGGCGCACGGUCCACAGAAGCCAGUUGAGGCGGAGGGCAACUUGGAGCAAAUCUACGAGAUGGCGGGUGACGACCCAAAACCUGUUGAAGUGUCUGGUGAGAGCAUGGUUCACAAAAUACCGCCAUCUAUGAUGGCAUCAAAUCACAAUGCGAUGCCAUCUCCUGUCUCCCCGCAAUGGGAAGAUAGCACGUCACCCGGCGUUCACUUUUACACCGAUGAAAGUACUCUUACACCUUCAUCGGAGCAUUAUUUCAACCAAGGAUACCCCCGACAUAAUUAAGUCGUUCGUUUGUAGAAUUCAUAUAUUAUACAAAAUAGUCACGUCAACCAUGGUCUUCCUGCAAUUUGGGAGCUUGAAGACAGUAUGCCAUCUAACCGCAGGAAGACAAACAAAGGCGGUCCAACAUGCAUCAACAAAGAACAUAGGGCGUUACUGGCUACGUUUGGCAAUGCGCAAGUUAUUACUGUUUGCGGUAUCACUCGCCGUCAUCGCUUGGAGGUCCUUUGUUUCAAAGACGCCAGGUUGUCUUUCAUCGUCACUAGGCUCAAUCUCCACUUGAUCACUACAUAAACCUCGCCCAGACGAUUUGGAUGGACGCGUUUCUCACGAUUUUGCUUCGGCUCAGGCUUGUUUGAUAACCUAAACG